AUGCAACUUUCCAAGGCUUUUCCAGUACCUUCUGAGCACCUCGUGGAAAGAAAUGCAAAAACUGUUCAGAAUUACCUAGAAAAGUUCUAUCAAUUACCAAGUCUCCAAUAUCAGUCUGCAAGGAAAAACAGUACCAGUAUGAUUGCUGAAAAGCUUAAAGAAAUGCAGAGGUUUUUUGGGUUGAAUGUGACAGGGAAGCCAAACAAGGAAACUCUGGAGAUGAUGGAGAAGCCUCGCUGUGGAGUGCCAGAUAGUGGCGAUUUUAUGCUAACCCCAGGAAAACCCAAGUGGAAGCGCACAGAUCUGACAUACAGGAUUCUGAAUACCGUACAGCUGUCAAAGGCACAGGUGGAAAGAGCUGUUGAGGAUGCCUUCCGAGUGUGGAGCAAGGCAUCACCCCUCACAUUCACCAGGGUCCUCCAGGGGGAAGCCGAUAUCAUGAUCGCGUUUGCUCGCAGAGAUCAUGGUGACAAUUCUCCAUUUGAUGGGCCCAAUGGGAUCCUUGCUCAUGCCUUUCAGCCUGGACCAGGAAUUGGAGGGGAUGCUCAUUUUGAUGCAGAUGAAACAUGGACACAGAGCUCCACCAAUUACAACUUAUUUCUUGUUGCUGCUCAUGAAUUCGGCCACUCCUUGGGGCUCUCGCAUUCCUCUGAUCCUGGCGCCUUGAUGUAUCCCAACUACGCUUUCAGGGAGCCCAGCACCUACUCCCUCCCUCAAGAUGACAUCAACGGCAUUCAGGCCAUCUAUGGUCCUUCACACGACCCCAUCCAACCUACAGGACCCAGCACACCGAGAGCCUGCGACCCCCGGCUGACAUUUAGUGCUGCCACCACACUCCGUGGAGAAAUACUCUUCUUUACAGACAAGUACUUCUGGAGACGACACCCUCAGCUGCGGCAAGUCGAGCUCAAUUUCAUUUCUCUGUUCUGGCCAGCCCUCCCAAGUGGCAUUCAGGCUGCUUACGAGGAUCUUGAUAGAGACCUAGUGUUCCUGUUUAAAGGCAGGCAAUACUGGGCUUUGAGUGGCUAUGACAUCCAGCAAGGUUACCCCAGGGACAUCUCAAACUACGGCUUCCCACACACCAUCCAGGCGAUCGACGCCGCUGUUUCCUAUGCAGGAAAGACAUACUUCUUUGUGAAUGACCAGUUCUGGAGAUAUGAUAACCAAAGGCAAUCCAUGGAGCCAGGUUAUCCUCAAGAGGUGUCCCGUGUCUUUCCAGGAUUAGAAAGUAGAAUUGAUGCUGUUUUCCUGCAGGAUUAUUUCUUCCUUUUCUUCAGUGGGCCAAGAUAUUAUGCAUUUAAUCUUCUUGCUCGUAGAGUUACCAGAGUUGCAAGAAGCAAUUUAUGGCUAAAUUGUAGAUAAGGAAGCAAGAUUGGAAAUACUUCUGUCUAUGUCCUUAUUAUGGACCUUACAUAUGCACACCCUGUCCUGCGGAUGCUUCUCUCACUACUGGAUAACAAAUAAGGUUCUCUCCGCCGCCACAUUCUCUGGGCCUGUUCUCAGCAAGAAGACGCUUAGAAGAUUCCAUUGUUGGCCCAGGCUUAUUUUGUUCUUUGAUAUUCCAUCUCAGUGUAGGGGUGCCAUCUCACAGGGACGGAAGUGCGCCCCUCUUGUCCCCACAGAGCUCAUGAAUUCAGUACUUGUUGGUCUGACUUCUGUAACUCACUAUCUCAUUGCUUUCUUCUCUCACUUUGAAUAUUCUCGAGACUCUAAACAUCUCUUACAUUAAAUAUGCUGCAUGAAGUUUAGCACUGAAUUUGGGUUAGAGGUAAGGGUUAUAAACCACAUAGAGAAUAUACACGAGGCUCUUACAGAAAUUGUGGUGUUAUUUUUUUGCUCUUGGAAAGAAAUAAAGAGAAUUUAAGU